GAAGUUUAACAUUUACCAAAAAAAGUGAAAAAAAAAGAGUAGUAAUUAAGAAAAAAAAAACACAAAGAUGGCUUCUUCUCUGCUUGCAAAACUUCUUAUCCUCACCACUCUUGUAACAAUAUCGGUAAUCUCCAGAGCCAACGAAGAGCUAAUGAUGCAACAAUGCCACAACUCCGACAAUCCCACAUUAUGUCUUCGCUGUCUGAACUCCGACCCUACUUCUCCGGAAGCCGACAAUGUCGGAGUGGCUCGAAUCAUCCUCAGAUGCGUCAACUCUCACCUCCUCACCCUCACCAACAACACUUCCGCUUUAGCCUCGAAGCACCACCGUAACCCCAAAGCUGCAGCCGCGUUGAAACAAUGUGGUUUAGGUUACGCAAUGGCUAAGCGUGGCGUCGGUGAGGCCGACGCUCACUUGAUAGCCGGAGAUUACGACAAGGCUGCGUAUGACGUCAGCGCGACGGUGGAGGCUCCUCCGGUCACGUGCCGUGCCAGUCUCGUGACACUUGGCAUCAAUUUGCCUUCAAGUUUCCGUUACCAUACAGAGGUUUACUUGGCGUUGACUCAAGCUCUGCUCAGGAUCAUUGACCGCUUCUAGACUUACUUAUAUGUAAUCAAUGCCUUUAAUUAUUGUAUGUCUAAGCCGGAUUUUUAAAUUAAGUUUGCUUCUUCUUUUUUCUCAUCCUUUCAAGAUUGAAUGAAAAUGAGAAAAAAAGAGUGAGAAUGUUGUUUAAUUUUCAUUUUAAUCAUCUCCAUCCAUCACAAAGAAUAUUAAAUACCAACAAACUCUGUUUU